UUCUCUUUCUCUCCCCACCAUCCCUCUCUCCCCGUUUCGUCACAAAAAGUGGUUCUUCUGAGACCGAAACGUUUCGUGGCGAGUAACAAUGGGAAGAGGAAGACCCCAGCAACGGUAUCGCGGUGUUCGCCAGAGGCAUUGGGGCUCCUGGGUCUCCGAGAUUCGGCACCCCACCUUGAAGACGAGAAUAUGGCUGGGGACAUUUGAAACAGCAGAAGAUGCUGCGAGAGCCUAUGACGAAGCAGCCAGGCUUAUGUGUGGCCCCAAAGCCAUAACCAAUCUCUCUCCUCCUCCUCCUCCUUCUUCCUCUCACUUUCUCUCUCCAACUUUAACAGCCAAGCUUCUUCACAAGUGCCACAUGGCUCCCCUUUCCCUCCCGAUGAAGAAGAAACACCAGUCCCAGCAACAUCGUCCUCGUCAUCAUCAACCAGCUGAAGAAGAGGAAUUACAGACGCAGACAUCUGUUAAUUAUCCCUCCGCCGGCAAUUCUGUCGCCCAACCGAGCUCUGACACCGGAUUUUUCCGGUGGCCGGAGAAUGCGAAACAUGAGGAGGAAAGACUUCAGGUGGAAGUGCUUGAAGAUGAUGACAUUGAGCAGAUGAUUCAAGAGUUACUUCAUUAUGGCUCUGUUGAGCUUUCUUCUUCUCCCUCUCCUUCGUUGAACCAACAUUCAUGAGUCUUACUCGAGUUUAAAUUAUAAAAAUUGAGUUAUAUUGUAUAUGCAAAAAUUAUUAUAUAAUUUUUCGUCCUGUUGAACGUGGG